AGGUGUUCCAAUCCCUCCACAUCAUGUGAUUCAGGUGUUCCAAUCCCCUCCACAUCAUGUGAUUCAGGUGUUCCAAUCCCCUCCAUAUCAUUGAUUCAGGUGUUCCAAUCCCCUCCAUCUCAUGUGAUUCAGGUGUUCCAAUCCCCUCCAUGUCAUGUGAUUCAGGUGUUCCAAUCCCCUCCAUAUCAUGUGAUUCAGGUGUUCCAAUCCCCUCCAAAUCAUGUGAUUCAGGUGUUCCAAUCCCCUCCAUAUCAUGUGAUUCAGGUGUUCCAAUCCCCUCCAUAUCAUGUGAUUCAGGUGUUCCAAUCCCCUCCAUAUCAUGUGAUUCAGGUGUUCCAAUCCCCUCCAUAUCAUGUGAUUCAGGUGUUCCAAUCCCCUCCAAAUCAUGUGAUUCAGGUGUUCCAAUCCCCUCCAUAUCAUGUGAUUCAGGUGUUCCAAUCCCCUCCAUAUCAUGUGAUUCAGGUGUUCCAAUCCCCUCCAUAUCAUGUGAUUCAGGUGUUCCAAUCCCCUCCAAAUCAUUGGAUUCAGGUGUUCCAAUCCCCUCCAUAUCAUGUGAUUCAGGUGUUCCAAUCCCCUCCAUAUCAUGUGAUUCAGGUGUUCCAAUCC